AUGGGCAACAACGUUGGUGGAAGUGUCUCUCGAAGUGAUCUCGGACUUAAACCAUGGUACAUGCUCUAUGAAAUUGAACAAACUCUCAACACUGGCGAUUUAGUCUUGUUUAGUACCAGAUCCACACCUGGUCGUUUAUUUCGCUUUCAUACCAACAGCAAAUAUUGUCAUGUCGGAAUCAUUGUCAAAAUUCCCAAAAGUGACAAGUCCAAUUACUCAGAAAGUGAGAGUUCAUUAAUUCAAGGAAAACCACCGAGUGCCGAACACAUCUAUGUAUUGGAACCUCAAGUAGAUUAUGAACAAUUUUUGGAUUUGUCCUUGUUGCCUGCUGCUGCUUUGAAUUCAACCAUUUCAUCAAAAUCGAGUACAAGUACCAAUGAUUUAACACAAGGAUCAUCCAUCAUGUCCUCUUCAACGUUCAAAAUCAAAGUGAGAGCAAGUAUGAUACGAUUGAGUUCAAAAUUAUAUUCUGGAUAUUAUGAUUUAGUUUCAGUGAGAAAAUUGAAAUAUUUGAAUGGUAAAAAAGGUUCAGAUUUGAUUCAUUCUCAACUCUUUGAUUUACUUUUCAAUAGAGAUUUGGAACGAAAGGAUCCUCUGAAUGAUCUUGCAAAUAUUUUGGAAAGUGAAUUUACAUUUUCCAUGCAUCCACAUUAUUUUAAUCACUUUUUUCGAGAGAGUUUGUUUGAGAAUGGUUUGAUUUUUGCGUCACCCCCUGAAGAUCGUCAAUUAUUGAUCAGUGCCAAUUUCACUGCUCUCAUGUAUGACAAGUUGGGAAUUUUCAAAAUGGAAAAUUCGAGUAUCAUUUCAAAAUUCACACCUUUUCACUUUUCAGAAGAUUCUUCUUACAAGUUACCUUUUAAUAAGCAAUUAGUGAUGGGAUUAGAAGAUCCCAUGUACAUUUAUUUAGAUUAUGAAGUAUUUGCUGAUCAGUUACGAGUUGAAAACAAGACACUCCCUCUCAAAGUUACUGAUUUUCCAAUUUCUGACAAAAUUGUGAGAAAUCGACUCUCUCUCAAUUGGAAUGAAUCAUUGAUUUCCACUCUCAGAAGUGGUGAUUUGAUUUUCACACAAGAAGAAUCAAGUGUAGGUCGAGCUGUUCGUCGCGUCUGGAAUGGUUCUCUAUAUUCUCGAGUUGGAGUCAUCAUUCGUAUUCAAGGUCAAUUCUUUGUUUAUGACAUUGCACCCUAUUAUUUGAGUCAGGAAGAAGCAAAAACUCCAAAUUGUAAAAUAUUGGAAGGUCGAGUGCAGAGUUUACAUUCAUAUUUGGCCAGUAUUCCAUUCAUUCGAGUGGCAGUUCGAAAAUUAGAAAGUGAAAGUACCAAUGUAUCCAUGAGAAUGCAAGAGAAGCGUGUCCAUGUCUCUCUUCAAUUAGAACAAACCAAUGAAUGUCUCAUGAAUAAGAGAAUACGAGAACUCUUUGAAAAUAUUGAUGGAACUUUUAUUCCGCGAAUUCGAUUUGACGUUUCCAACGUCUUUUCGUGUGUGUUUGUACUUCUCAUGCUCAAACAACUGAGAUUGAUUAAUGUGAGCGAUAAUCCAAUUGAUUUAUUGACAUACACUCCAACACAUUUAUUGGACUUUAAAAAGUUGAAUGGGGAUUACAAAUUGGGUGAUGAAAUGAUCUUGUUGAAUGCAGAAAUUUUAAUCAAUCAACAUAAAGUGUAG